CCAGGAGGACACAGACAGGGUUGGGGCUGGUAGGUCUUGCAGGUGGAUUCUUUUUUUAAGAUAAAAUUUACAAGACAUAAACUAAUUAUUUUAGUGCACAAUUCAGUCGUUUUGUUGUAUAUUCAGAAGGUUGUGCGAUCGUCACCAGUAAUUCCAGAACGUUUUCAUUGUUUCCCCAAACGAAACUCCUGCGGAUAUGAAACUUCUGCGCCUAUUAAGCAGUCCGUCCCCGUUUCUCACUCCCCCCAGCUCUAGGCAACCACUUAUGUGUGAAGGUUGCAGGUAGAUUUUACGAUAAUUUUUGUCAAAUGAACGAAGAGUUACCUCGACGUUGUGACUGUCUCUUGGGAACCUUUGACAGAUUUCCACCCUUUCAUCCUGGGUGGUGCUGUUUUCUUAGCUUAUUCAAGUCACUGUUUCUUUCCAGGAGGUCUGUUGUGUUUUGACAUGUAAACUUUGUUUCCUUAUAACGCUCCCCGGGAGUCUCUUGUUGCGCCUGUGGAUGGGUUCUCUUCUUUGUUCCCACUGGAUCUUCUGUGAGAAAGGACCACUUUUGUCUUUUUCACUUCUCUCACUAGGUUGGUAUUGCAGUUGCUCUCCCUAUAUCACCAAAUCCAGUACUCCUAGGCAGGCGCCUGGUUGGUUAAUCCUGCGGGAUGGCGGCCAUCAACCCGUGGGCCUCCUGGGGUGUCCUUACAGACGAGUCCUGGGGGAUGGCAGGUGUUGACCCGUGGGCCUCCUGGGCUCUGUGCCCUCAGGACUCUGUCUGGCGCGUGGAGGAGACUCCCGAGGAGGGGAGGAGGGCCACUGGGCUCCUGACAGCCCAGGUCCAGGAACCAGUGACCUUCAAGGAUGUGGCUGUGGACUUCACCCAAGAGGAGUGGGGGCAGCUGGACCUGGUUCAGAGGACCCUGUACCGGGACGUGAUGCUGGAGACCUAUGGGCACCUGCUCUCUGUGGGGAAUCAGAUCGCCAAGCCUGAGGUCAUCUCCCUGUUGGAGCAAGGAGAAGAGCCAUGGUCGGUGGAGCAAGCAUAUCCUCAAAGCACUUGUCCAGAAUGGAUGAGAAUUCUUGAAAGCAAAGUGUUGAUCCCAACACAGAGCAUUUUUGAAGAACAAUCCCAUAGCAUGAAGUUGGAAAGGUACAUAUGGGAUGAUCCUUGGUUCUCCAGGUUAGAAGUUUUGGGAUGUAAAGACCAAUUAGAAAUGUACCACAUGAACCAGAGCACAGCUAUGAGGCAAAUGGUCUUCAUGCAAAAGCAAGUAUUGUCUCAGAGAGGCUCUGAGUUCUGUGAACUUGGGGCAGAGUGUAACCAGAGCUUUGUCCCAUCUCAGAGAAUUUCUCAAAUAGAACAUUUCUAUAAGCCUGAUACAAGUGCUGAAAGCUGGAGAUGUAACUCAGCCAUAAUGUAUGCAGAUAAGAUUACCUGUGAAAAUAAUAAUUAUGACAAACCCUUCUACCAGUCAGUGCAACCUAUCCACCCUGCAAGGAUGCAAACUGGGGAUAAUCUUUUCAAAUGUACUGAUGCUGUUCAGUCUUUCAAUCAUAUACUACAUUUUGGUGAUCAUAAGGGAAAUUAUACUGGAGAAAAACUCUAUGAAUAUAAGGAAUGCCAUCAAAUCUUUAACCAAAGCCCACCAUUUAAUGAACAUCCAAGACUUCAUAUUGGAGAAAACCAAUAUGAUUACAAAGAAUAUGAGAAUAUCUUUUACUUCUCGUCCUUUAUGGAACAUCAAAAAAUUGGUACUGUAGAGAAAGCAUAUAAAUACAAUGAAUGGGAGAAAGUCUUUGGGUAUGACUCAUUCCUUACUCAACAUACAAGCACUUACACUGCAGAGAAACCCUAUGAAUAUAAUGAAUGUGGGACAUCUUUCAUCUGGAGCUCUUACCUUAUCCAACAUAAGAAAACUCAUACCGGAGAGAAACCCUAUGAAUGUGAUAAAUGUGGAAAAGUUUUUAGGAAUCGUUCAGCCCUUACUAAACAUGAACGGACCCACACUGGAAUAAAACCCUACGAAUGUAAUAAAUGUGGAAAAGCCUUCAGCUGGAAUUCUCAUCUUAUUGUACAUAAGAGAAUUCAUACGGGAGAGAAACCUUAUGUAUGUAAUGAAUGUGGGAAAUCUUUCAACUGGAACUCUCAUCUUAUUGGACAUCAGAGAACUCAUACUGGAGAGAAACCUUUUGAAUGUACUGAGUGUGGAAAAUCUUUCAGCUGGAGCUCCCAUCUUAUUGCCCAUAUGAGAAUGCAUACUGGAGAGAAGCCCUUUAAAUGUGAUGAAUGUGAAAAGGCUUUUAGGGAUUACUCAGCCCUUAGUAAACAUGAAAGAACUCACUCUGGAGCAAAACCAUAUAAAUGUACUGAAUGUGGAAAAUCUUUCAGCUGGAGCUCCCAUCUUAUUGCUCAUCAGAGGACUCACACGGGAGAGAAACCCUAUAACUGUCAGGAAUGCGGCAAAGCAUUCAGAGAACGCUCAGCUCUCACUAAACAUGAAAUAAUUCAUUCUGGAAUUAAGCCCUAUGAAUGUAAUAAAUGUGGAAAAUCUUGCAGCCAGAUGGCUCACCUUGUUAGACAUCAAAGGACUCAUACUGGAGAAAAGCCCUAUGAAUGCAAUAAAUGUGGAAAAUCCUUCAGCCAGAGCUGUCACCUUGUUGCUCAUCGGAGAAUUCACACUGGUGAGAAACCCUAUAAAUGUAAUCAGUGUGAAAGAUCCUUUAACUGUAGCUCUCACCUCAUUGCACACCGGAGAACUCAUACAGGAGAGAAACCAUAUAGAUGUAACGAAUGUGGGAAAGCAUUUAAUGAGAGUUCUUCCCUUAUUGUACAUCUGAGAAACCAUACUGGAGAAAAACCCUACAAAUGUACUCAUUGUGAGAAAGCUUUCUGUAAGAAUUCUUCUCUUAUUAUUCAUCAGAGAAUGCAUAGCGGAGAGAAACGCUUUAUAUGCAGUGACUGCGGAAAAGCCUUUAGUGGUCACGCAGCCCUACUUCAACACCAGAGAACUCACAGUGAAGAGAAACUCUGUGAAUUGAAUUGAUGAAAGACUUUUCAUUUGUUGUACAUUUGAUAACACAUUGAAAAAAAUCCCUAUCAGUAUAAUCAAGAGGAGAAAUUUAUUAGAGUUGAGUAAGACUUCUCCCCUUAUUAUUCCAUAGAAAAUCUCUUCUUAGAAGAAAGCUGUGAAUGAAAAGAAUAGGGAAAAGCUUUCAGCAGUUACGUAGCCCUUAUUUAACAACAGAUUAUUACAGUGAACAAAACUCCAAAUUCCCCUCAUGGUCCACCAGGAAUCCUACUUGAGGAACAUGAACAUAGGGAAUGAGACAUCUUUUAGUAAGAGAUCUCAACAAUUUGUGGAUCAGAGGGCAUUGUUAAGGUAAAAACCUUAUGCUAGGAAAAGUGUUUCAACUGGAAAUACACUUUUUCAUCAAGCUAGAAUAUGGGAUGGGAAGCUUUACAAUCACAUUUUGUGCAUAAUUAUGGAAAUACAAAUUUUGCUAUUAUAAAGGGAGGGUCUGGGUGCCCUUUAAGGAAUAGAAUGUGGAAUACUAAAUCUGAAUUUAAGAAAAAAACAGUAUUGAAUAGGAUAUUUACUGUUGAACAAGAUGAACCUUAGAAAAGAUUAGUAAAUGAGAUUAGUAAUGGUGGAAAGGUUAUUGCCUAGAAGUAUGAGACUGAUGUUUUGGAACAAAAGGUGAUACAUAAUAACCCCCUGUGUCAAUGUCCACGGUUUACUCGUUACUGCAUUGUUGGACAAUUAGUUUGUAAUUUGUUUUAGGCAAUCACUAUAAGUUAUAAUUAUGGACACUGUAUCAAUAUACAUAACAUGAAGGAAUAAAAAGGACACAGAAUUGUAUAUACA